UUCAUUCGGCUGCGACGACAACAACGUCCGCGUGCGAUUCUCUCCAUGUGCCAUUAGAAUGGUCUUCUCUCUGUUGGAAACGUGAAAAUCCCCGUUGAUGGUCUCUGUCACAUUUUAAUCAGCGCCGUCGGUCUGGAUGAACACAGGAACAGAGCUCUUAGGGGAAAAAAAAUAAAUUUUUUUUAUAUAUAUACAUGUACAUAUGUUUAUAUGUACAUGACUCCGACGCUGGAGUUUGGGAUUUAUUCCGUUUCUCUUGUGUAUAAAUAGAUUUUUAUUUACUGCUUUGGUGAAUGAGGAAGUAAGGCGGACAGAAAGGGGGAAACAGGACAGACAGAGAGAGAGCGAGAGACACCACCCCCCCGUGUAAAGGAAAUGCCCAUCGCGGCUACUGGUGCGCCGCCAGCGACUCCCGAGCCUCACGUGCGUCCCCGCGUCCCAGCCGCUGUCGAGCGCGUGCCCAAGCGCACUCCGGAAAGCGCACCUGAAGCGGCACUAGUCGCGGACAGAUUGCACGGCGUUUCCGCUUCCUCAGCGGCUAAUUCUCACCUUUCUCACCCGUCAUAUCCUUCACCCCCGACGCUCUCACCACAGCCCAUGGCCACCGAGCCGCCAAGGACUCGGUCCCGCUCACGUUCCGGAUUCUAUCAGAGUGCUGGUGCGAACAGCGGCCCAGGGAGUUCAGGCGCAAACCUCCAUCAUCUUCAUCCUAAUCAUCCUCAUCAGCAGCAGCAACAGCACCAGCUCACCGGCGCAUGCGCGGUGCUCGGAGCUCACGGACACCCGGACAAUCUGCGACCGCCCGCCGGCGUGCUUUCACCAGGCGGACACCGGCAUCCAGGUCCUGGGGCGCACAGGAGCCCAGGAGGAGCAGGAGCGAUGGGAGGAGUGUAUCACUAUCAUUCUGAGCCGUCCUGCGCAGAUGCCACAGAUAAGACGGAGGACUCCCCCAGUCCGAAGCGUCAGCGCCUCUCACAGCAGUCUAUGCUAGAACUAGCCUCUGCCCCGCCUUCCACACCGUCGCCACCCAUCAGGCCUUGGGAGCUCCCGCCCAGUCGCAGACCGCAUCCCUAUCCUCACUCACACUACCAUACUGAGCGCUGUCACACGCCUGCCAGACAUAGACGCAGCCCACCAGCACGGCGUCAGCGUGCCCGGCGUGAUCGCCUCACUCGGCUUCAUCAUGGCUCACCUGGAGGGCCCCAAGACGAGAACUACCACCACCCUCAUCAUCCUCACACACAUGCGCUUCACUCCUAUGGCCCAGCUGUGCCCCCUCACCCCCCGACAGGCACCGACGAACCACGCGCCUUCCACCCUCCUGCUCUGUCACCACGGUUACUUCAUCCGCAGCAGCAAGGCGCUAUGGUCAUGGACCUUCACGAACAGCUUCCUCAGGGUACAGUCCCCGUAUCAUACACAGUGUCUCCGGUUGCAGCCCACGCCCUCCCGCCUCCUCUCUGUACAGGACAGCAUAUCCCAGCAUGCUCGUCUCAGCAGCAGGUGCCUGCUUGCUCAGUGGUCUUCAGCAGCCAGCAGCACUACCCCGUCUGCCCACCUCCGAUGCUACCUGCGUGUUCAGUGCAGCACUUACCCGUGCCGUACGCGUUUCCCUCACUGCUUUCCAGUGACUCUGCCUUCCUGCUUCACCCACCACACCACCUCUCGCACCAUCACCACCCGCCACACCUGGCCCCGCCCACACACUUCCUGCCCUUCCAGACACAGCAGUCAAGAUCACCACUACAGAGGAUUGAGAACGAGGUGGAGCUCCUCGGAGAACACCUGCCUGUAGGAGGCAGCUUUAACUACGCCCACUCGGGCCACCCAAGCCCCCUUCCUCCAUCUACACAGCUGCAGUUCCUCUCUCACGACCCCCUGCCACAAGAGCUCUUCGGCGUGCCGUAUCCACACUUCAUGCCUCGGCGCAUCGCGGGCCGCCGGUACCGUUCACAGCAAGCCGUGGCUCCACCCCCAUAUCAUCCCAGCCUCCUUCCGUACUUCCUAUCUGUUCUUCCAGUGCAGCCUACAGCGGUGGGGCCUGCAAUCAGCAUAGAGCGGGACGUAGACGACGGCGAAGUUGAGAACUACGAGGUGAACGAUCGUUUACGGCUUCUGCUGAACCUCGCCGAGCGUCUCGGUGAAGCCAAACCACGCGGCCUGACAAAAGCUGACAUUGAACAGCUGCCUUCCUACAGAUUCAACCCCAGCAACCAUCAGUCUGAGCAAACCAGGUGUGUGGUAUGCAUGUGUGAUUUCGAGUCCCGACAGUUGCUCCGAGUCCUGCCCUGCAAUCACGAAUUCCACGCCAAAUGUGUCGACAAAUGGCUCAAGGCUAACAGAACUUGCCCUAUCUGCCGAGCCGACGCCUCUGAAGUUCAGAGGGAUUCUGAGUGACCAAUCCUGACACUUCUGCUCCAUCCUCCACACACACUCUGCAUACACACCCUGUCCCACCAGUUUUUGUGGACUUUUCCAUUGUCUCAACACACUGGACUUCCUUCAAGACACACACACACUUUUUUUUUUCCCCAACAGUAAAAGUUCUGUGACUCACUCCUGUUGGUGUCACAUUGUUGUUCUUCUGAAAAGCAAGCACAGCUGUCUGAACACGCACGCGCGCACGGGCGCGCACACACACACACACACACACACACACACACACACACACACACACACACACACACACACACACACACAGUUAUACUAAUCCCAUCACUGCCAUUUCUCUCAUCUUUAUUUUGUAUAGAUUUUUUUUUAAUCUUCAGAUGGGUACAAGGUGACAGCUCAUUGUGUGUGUGUGUGUGCCCUAACAUUCCAGAUCAUGUCAAUUUAAUUUGUGUGAGGAAACAAAUGUCACGGUGUGUGUGCAUGUCUCUCCACCCUCAGCCUUUUCCUUUACAGAUAAAAAAUAUUGCAUAUAAAUGUAUGUAUGUAUCAAUAUAGAGGGAUGGAAUAACACAAAAAAAGAAGAAAUUGUGUUCUUUUCUUCCAAAAAUGAGGAAUUUUUUUUAUCUAUAUAUUUAGGUGGGUGGGGUUUUGCUCAGUUAUGUUCUAGCAGUCUUAUAGAAUUGGAAUACUGUGAGCUUGAGCACGCGCGUGUGUGUGAGAUGGAACGUGUGUGUGUGUGUGUAUCUUUUGGUUACUUGUGUGUUAUUUAUCCUGUAUGUGUGGUACAGAACACUGGCUUCCCGGUCUCAUGUCUGCUCUCAUCUCUCAUCGGCUGCAAUCGCUCGCGUGUCAGGAGGCGCCCUAAUAGUGGAAUUUUAUUUUUAUAGGCUCUCCUGCCCUAAGAGUCCAUUUUUCUUUCUUUUCCGACGCCCCGACGUUAUCCCGGAAAAGAAGGACGUAGUCUUCCUUCCAUACCCAUCUUUUUGUUAUUAUUAUUAUUAUUUAGUAAAAUAUCCUCUCUGGUCUUGGCAGGUUAUUGAUUCACGUUUCCACGUAGCAUUUCGAGACAGAACCCUUAACUGUGAGCUCGGAGCUUGAGGGGAAGCCGUUUGUCACUCGUUCACGACACAAAGACCUAGUUGAUUGCUAAUAAAAACGCUUGUUUGCAUUAUCUUAAGCAUUAACGACAUUAGAUCUCUUUCAGUUUGUCGUCUCUUCUCAUUUCUAACACGAGUAAACUUUAAACUCCUCGCACAAGUUUGUUUUCUUUUUUUUUGUUCACAGUGAGCAAACAUCCCCACCCUCAAGCUCUUUCUAGUUUCCUCGGUUCAUCCUUUCUUGUUAGGUUUGUUAACACGACGCAUGAUGAGAUCGGUACUGCCGCUGGUCUCUGUUGUCUGCGGUAUCUUCAGACGAGCUCAGCAAAAAAUUAAACCUUCAUGUUAAAGCGGAGAGAAAGUGACGUGCACGUUUAUUUGGGUUUUGUACUCAGCACUACAUCGUUCAGCACUUAGGAUCAUUUCCCAAAUGAUGCAGUUCAACUUUAUCACAAGUGUAAAAUCAGAUAGCACAGAGGUGUGUGUGUGCGCGGGUGUGUGUGUAAGAAUGGCAUGUUAGAAUUUGCUUUAUUUCAUUUUAUUAUAAGAGACAAACUAAACUAAUUUCCUUUCUCUCUCUCUCUCUCUCUCUCUCUCUCUCUCUCUCUCUCUCUCUCUCUCUCUCUCUCUCUCUCUCUCAUAUAUGUCUCAGAUUCUCUGUGUAAUAACCUGCCAUAGACCCUUCAUAGGAUUCACAUAACAGUGACUAUUCCUGCCUCAACCUGGGUGUGUGUGCGCGCCAGUGAAAGUGUGAGCGAAGUGUAAUAAACGGUUACAUUGUCAAGCUCUCGUAGCUCGCAAACCCGUAGUGUCUUAACUGCAGUUGCCUUUCAGCCAUUCUCCAGCAUCGUCCGGUUCAGCGUCACGUGUCGCAUCGUAUCGCCGAUACAGCGAUCGCAUCGUCGUGAUACUCCUCUAGUUCUUCUCAGAUCACUUUACUAAACCUGAGGUUUUACUUUAUAUGUAUUUUCCCUCCUGCUUGGUACAAUAGCAGUUACCUCAUUUUUAUUAUUUAUGGUGUUUUUAUUUUGCUUUUGUUUUGGUUUUUCUUUUCUUUAUUUUUUAUUUUUUGUUAAACGAAUGAGAGCUUCUGAUCCUUUUUUUUUAAUAAGUGUUUUCCAUUAAAAAUACAAUUGUAUCGUUUAAAAUGUAGUUUCUUAUGUAUAAUAUCUGUAACCAAAAUCAUUUGAAGGCUUGAUAUAAAAAUUUUUAACAAACA